UUAGAUGCAUCAGCAAGAGAAGACAAAGACAAAGACAGUUCCACAAUUCCAUGCUCUCCUUUGGCAAGCUCUGUACCAUCUAUGAGAAAAGACAAAAGGGCAGCAGCAUGCAACUCACCUCGAAUGGUGGAAGUAUGCAGCACUUUGCAAGUAAAUGACAAGUAGUUAAAUCUGAGACAAACCUUGUUCUAGGCAUUGAGACUGCUCCAUAAGUUUGUGGAAGGGUCAAUGGAAGGGUUAGGAGAAGGUACCUACUCAUUCAUAUAUCAGGACUUUUUACAUGUACAAAACUCCACCCAAUUGACCAAUUCCAUUCACCCAGCUGGUUUCUCUGUUGUACUGAUCUCAUCUUCACCUCCUCUCUUCAAUGCAAUCAAUUCAUUUGCCUGGCACCCCAUUAAUUUCUCCAGCCAUUAAGGAUCCCAUCUCCCCAUCUUCCUCAAAUUGACCUGAAAAUUUGCUUCUCCUACCACCUGCAGAGAUCAAAAGAAUGCUCACUCCAGCAGCAAUUCUAAGAGAGUCUGGAACUCAGAGACAGUGGUGAUCCUGGUGAGUCUCUUCUCUCCCUUUCUCUCUCUCUCUCUCUCUCUCUCUCUCUCUCUCUCAUGUUUCCCACUUCGUAUGCCUUAACGAAGCAUGGACUGGGUGUUUCAUGAAAGCAUCAGGGGGAUAUCUUCUUCUCCAUAUCCUCUUUCACUCCCAUUAGCAGUCCUCCCACCACCACCAUCACCCCCUCCACCUCCUCCUGUUGUUAAUAUCGAGAAUAGGAUCAGUCCUAGUAUUCUCCUGAUAAUUAUCAUACUUGCAAUCAUCUUCUUCAUCUCUGGGCUGCUCCACCUACUUGUGAGAUACCUCCUGAGACCCAUCAACAGGGAACCAGAAGCCACAGAGAACUCGACAGCACUCCAGGGCCAGUUGCAGCAGUUGUUCCAUCUCCAUGAUGCAGGGGUCGACCAGUCCUUCAUAGACACCCUCCCAGUCUUUCCCUACAAAGCCAUCAUCGGCCUCAAGGACCCAUUUGACUGUGCUGUGUGCCUCUGUGAGUUUGAGGCUGAUGACAAGCUCAGGCUGCUCCCAAAGUGCAGCCAUGCCUUCCAUGUAGAGUGUAUAGAUACUUGGCUCUUGUCCCACUCCACCUGCCCCCUCUGCAGAAGAAGCCUCCACCCUGACUUCUCUCCUCCAACCAGUUGUAGCCCCUUACUCCUUGUUCUUGAGUCUGGGAGUGAGAGUUCAAGGGAGAGUGUUUCUGAGAGGGGGGACUCCUUCUCUAAUACUGGUCUUGUUUGUCAUGGAGAUGAUGAUGGCCCUGGGACUUCUAUCAAUGAUACUUCACAAAAGCCAGUGGAGAUCACUGCAAAGGAAGAAGCUCGCUCGGUAGUGGCAGCCUCAGAGGCUGAUGAAACAGAGGUAGUACCUGUCAAGCUCGGCAAGUUUAGGAGUGUGGAUGGUGAUGGAGCUGUUGGUGAAGGCAGUAGCACUGCAAACAGUACUCUGGACCAGAGGAGGUGCUUCUCCAUGGGUUCCUAUGAGUAUGUGAUGGAUGAGAGGUCCUUGCUUCAGGUUCCCAUUAAGCCACCAAAGAAACCAAUCGUCCACAGGCCCGGGCACCGGGAUGCAAUCUCGGAAUGUGAUUACCAUUCAAAAAGGGAGGCAUUUAAAGGACUGGAUGCACUAAGAGCUGCCGAGUUCAGAGAUGGUGGUGGUAAUGCUAGUAUUAGCCGCAAUCAGCAUAAGAAAGAAAGCUUCUCAGUCUCCAAGAUAUGGCUUCGGUCCAAGAAAGAGAAGCCCAUGGCCGAUGACUCUUCCCGGCGAGCAUUAUCUUUCCGGUUGCCAUUGCAUCGGGCGGUGAUGACCGAUGAAUCAAAGCUGAAGAGCCGUGCCAGCCCUGCUGCUACUGCAUCUGAAUUCAACGUUUCGACAUGGGAGAAGAGCUCAAGUGAAGUAGAUCUGGAUGCGGAGGUAGGAAGCUCCAAUAGAGUACGAUCUCCGGCUGAUGAGGCACCCUCGUUUGCAAGAACGUUGCUUUGGCUGGUAGGAAGGCAGAACAAGGUUGGUAAUCAACUCUAAUAUCAACAAUAUAUGAUAGUUUUUUGCUUAACAUUCUUACAUUCCAGAAAAAUAGAUCAAGAAACAGAAGUUAAAGAUCAUUUGGUUAUAGAUCAGAAAUUUUCCACUUGCAUGUUCCUUAAUGAAAUUGAUGAAUUCUCAUGUAUAUGUUCUCACCACAGGCUAAAACUGGUAUGUAUUGCUAAGUAGAAAUGGUGCAUCAGUUUGAUUUUAAAAGAAAAUUAGCCUUUUUUUGUUUGCUCUGAUGUUAUAAUCGCUUCAUUUUAAUAGAUUAUCAUGGUUUCAUUGAAUGCAUGAGUUGAUCAAUUAAUUAUACUUGAAAGCCACAAAAUUAAGAUGAUAUUUUCAACAAUAUUAUUGGACAUAUUAGACUAAUGUAAGCAAACUGGUUUGAGAGUUAUCAAAAUCUGGACCAAUCUACUAUUAAUUCCAUAGUUCAUAAUUUUUUUUCUAGCUCUGUGCAAACCGAUGCAAACUAAAAAAGAUUUGAUCACUUUUUAUCUACUUUUUUUUUUCUUUUCUUUUGAAACAUUUUGAUUUCUAGAUAUUAUCAUAUAAAUAUCAGUAAUAUUCCUUGGUAAGACAGAUAAGAUCCAUGUCAUCGUUGACUGGAGUAUACAAAGAUCAAACAAUAUUAUUGAUUUGAUGAGGGAUAUAUAAAUCCCUUCAAACAUUAGGAUGAACAGUUGCUAGUUAAGAUUAAGUUUCUUAGAUUUAAAGGGAUCUUCGAACAAAGCAUUGUGAUUGUGAUUGUGAUUGUGUUAACUUGAAAAAGGAGCCAGAAUGAUUGUGAGGGCAAUCGAUGUGCUGCCCAAGUUUUUAUCCACAAGUUAGGAGCCUCAAUUCAUGUUUAAAUAUGAUUCUAUUAAUGCUUAACAGUUGUUGUUUCUCAUUUACAUCUUACAUUCGAAGAGGAAAACCAAAAGAAGAUGCAAUAGUUUCCUCUCAAUUAAUCCCUUUCUCAUCAAGAGCUAAGAAAGUGGAGGAGCUCAUGAAACACAAACCUUCUUCACCUUAUGGUGAAACAAAGGAAUCCAUCAUUGUGCUCAUGUGAUGCAGAAGAGAUCCACAUAGCUAGUGGCCUUUUCAAAAUUCAAACUGUUUCCUUGUGGGGUUUGUUCAUCUCACACCAUCAUAAAUCUGCUGAGGUAGCAGAGGUUGCAAUCUGAGGGUGGUUUGUCACAUGCCUCGGAGUUAAUGCACUUGGCACAACUGUGAUGUGUUGGGGCUUUCAUCCAUUUAUUAGUGGCUGAGGUUGGAGCCCUUCUUUAAUGGCAACUGCUUUGACAAUUAUACUUGUGGAGGGUCACAGGAGAUGUGGGGAUAUGGUGGUGGUGGUGGUGGUGGUGGUGGUGGUGAGUACAGUAUGCCCUUUAAUCCCUCAACACCAGACCCUACCUUCUCCUACCUCAUGUUCUUGUAGCCAACUUGUGUCUUCUCUCUCCUUCGUAUCCAUUCCUCUCAGUCUUUUUCAAUUGCUGACAGACUUUCUUGUUCU